AUGUAUCAUGACGACGACCACGACAACGACAUCGACAACGACGACCACGACCGCAUCGCGGAUGCAAACCUUCCCGUGGGUGCCUGCGCCGUGCUCGCUUGGUGGUUCAUCGGAACAACGUAUUGCUGGGGUGUCCUCCAGAGUGCGCUUGUCGACCAGGGCCUGGCUUCAGCCUCAACCCUGGCUUUUUGUCGCCUCGUCGACUGCAUCAGUCUGAUGGGGCUGGGGGAGAUCUUGAGUGGCUUCUCCACGCACAACGUUGCAGGGCUCUUUAUUUGCACCGGACUAAUUAUGGGUAUCGGAGUCAGCAUAUGCUUCAUUACCGCAUCCACCACAACCGCCCAGUACUUUAGCAAGAAGCGCGGAAUAGCCAAUGGCUUUCUCAGCGCUGUCGGCGGCCUGGGCGGUGCCCUCACUGCCAUUGCCAUGGAUAAGCUAGAGGACAAACUCGGCCCAGCUUGGACGUUCCGCGUCCUCGGAUUGAUGACUUUCGGCACUGGCUUGCCCGCGGCGUGGUUCGUCAUGGAAAGUGCCCCCAUUAACCCCAAAAGGUUCAUUGAAUGCCCUCACUUCUACAAUAUUGGGCUGUCCAAGGGCACGGGCGCCGGCCUGGUGGCUGGUUUCAAUUUUGCCAGCGCAGUGCGCCGAAUUGGGUGCGGCUUUCUGAGUGAUGCAGUCGGCCCACUGAAUACGCUCUUCGUAUCCUUCGCUAUGUUUGCUUUAUGGCCGGUGUCUCAGACCCUGGCCCCACUGGUGGCUUUCGUCAUAAUCAACGGAGGAUUCUUUGCGACGAUGCCGACCGUUGUAGGCAACGUAUUUGGAUCGGCCAGGGUGUCGGUUGCAAUGACCAUGAUAGUCAGUAGCUGGGGCGGGGGAUACCUGCUGGGAGCGCCAAUUGCAGGUUUCAUGCUCAAGGCCUACGGUGGAGAAGAGGGCGGGUUCAAAGCUUAUCGCCCGGCCGUCUUCUUCGCUGGCUCUAUGUCAUUGGCCGCGGCCUGCUUAUGUUCGUUUAAGCAUUAACCGGAACGCCAGCGGCAGGCUCUAGAGUAUAUGGCAAGGGUUCACGGCAAGCAACGCAGGCUGAGUCAAGGUCCGCGGAGGGCAACGGUUGCGAAUCCUUUGAUUGUGGCUAAAUGCGAAUCCGAAGGGGGUCAAAAACCAACCUCGGCAUUCCGGGAUAGGUGCUUGGUGCCGCAAUUUGAAAUCGACCGUGCAUGGACAUGGACAGGUGUAAAGUAAUCCUCG